UUUAUAAGGUCUCCCCGGGCGCCGGGCCGCAUCGCUGUCUCUGUGGCGCAAUCGGUUAGCGCGUUCGGCUGUUAACCGAAAGACCCGCGGCCCCCACGCGCGCACUCCGAUGACCUUUCCGUCUCGGGUGAUCCGGGGCUGCACGGCGCAGGCACGACCUCGGAGGCCAAAAGCGCAGCGGAACCUAUUGGCUCUGGGUUCCGGUUUCCGCACGCGCUCCGAGCCUCUUUGGGCGACGGCCCCGGGGACCCGGAGCGCUAAGGAGGACGGACCUCGGAGGUUGUCUGAAGGCCGAGGCCAAGAUGGCGGCGCUGUCAGCUCCUGGCCUGCGCGGCUUCCGGAUCCUUGGUCUGCGCUCCAGCGUGGGCGCGGCUGUGCAGGCACGAGAUGUCCAUCAGAGCGUGGCCACCGAUGGCCCAAGCAGCGCCCAGCCUGCCCUGCCGAAGGCUGGAGCCAUGGUUCCCAAACCCAGCAGCCGGGGCGAGUAUGUGGUGGCCAAGCUGGAUGACCUCGUCAACUGGGCCCGCCGGAGUUCUCUGUGGCCCAUGACCUUCGGUCUGGCCUGCUGCGCCGUGGAGAUGAUGCACAUGGCCGCACCCCGCUACGACAUGGACCGUUUUGGCGUGGUCUUCCGCGCCAGCCCGCGCCAGUCCGACGUCAUGAUCGUGGCCGGCACGCUCACUAACAAGAUGGCCCCAGCGCUCCGCAAGGUCUACGACCAGAUGCCGGAGCCGCGCUACGUGAUCUCCAUGGGGAGCUGCGCCAACGGAGGAGGCUACUACCACUACUCCUACUCGGUGGUGAGGGGCUGCGACCGCAUCGUGCCCGUGGACAUCUACAUCCCAGGUAGGGCUGGGACCACACCGCCCACGAGAGAGCUGGGGGCAGGGCCAGCGCCACACAGAGCCCGGCGGCCCAUGUCACACCCCCGUCAGACGGCGGGCUCCCCCAUCCUAUGGAUGAGCCAGCUCCGGGCUCUCCGUCUUAGUGGAGCGUGUGCCCUGUGAGAAGUCAGCGAUGUAUUCAGGCAUCAGAGGGAUCAGAGGGAGCAGGGGAGGCUGAGUGGAAUCCCUGACACUCGCCUGCUUUAAAGCAGUGUCAUACGGUCCUGCCUGACAGAAACCAAAGACCUGCAGUUAGAAAUACCAAGAGAGAAGGCUCCUGGAGGCCAAGGACACCGUCCCACGCCCUCACCCUUAUAGAAGGGCACGCAGGACUUCCUUUGGCCAAUGAAAAUGUGGGAGACUCAGUUUGACUGUGAGGUUAGGGUGAGCUUGACCAUCAGGAAAACAAUUAGGAGUAAUUGUUUAGUACCAGUAUAUCCCAACAGUAUUUGGGCUAUACUGACACUAAAAAGGAGCCUUGGCUGCAUACCUGAAA